UGGUCUAAUAAUCUUGGAACGUAGGGUCUCUUGCGCAAAUACUUUAUAUAACUACAAAAAUGGUUUUGGAUAAUGCGUAAAACUAAAUUAAAAAAAAAAAAAAAAAAAAAAAAAAACGAGAGGUGGUUACUCUGAAACGAGCGGAGGACCUCUUCUUCUUCCUCUUCUUCUUGAGAAACAUAGAAGAAGAUGAUGAACACACUUCAUGCAUUUCAGACAAGCUUAACACCAAACUUCCAUCUUCUUUUCAAUGCCUCGAGACAUUCCAUUUCCAGACCCCAAUUUCUCUGUCUCUCCAAAUCGGGAGACGGAACUUCGGAUCCUGAUUCUGAUCUCGACCCUCCUAAACCCGAAGGUGAUACUCGGAGACAAGAACUCUUAGCUAGGAUCGCCAUGAUUCAGACUUCUAAGGUCCGUUUAACUGAUUUCUUGGACGAACGAUCAGAGUAUCUCACCAAGUUUGCUGAAGAAGCCAAUGCAGAGUUUGACAAGGUUGGAGAAGACGCCAUGAAAGACCUUGACGAAGCUAGCACAAGGAUACUCGAGAAUAUCGAGAGCAAGAUGCAAGCUUUUGAGGAAUCUGCGGGACUGAACAGAUUAGAGAUAGAGGAGAACGAUAAUAAGUUGGCUGAGUUUGAGGAGAAGAUCGAGGUAGACCGGAAUGAAGGAUUGUUCUUUAAAAGCUUAGGCGACAAAAAACCGGUGGAUAAAGAGAAAGCUAAAGAGGAGACUGAGAAGAUAGAAGAGGUUACUAAAGAAAGUGCAGGAUCACAAGCAAGAAGGAAUCUUUACCUCGGGUUAAUUGGGAUCGUGGUUCUUGCAAUUGCUGAGUCCUUCGUUUCUGCACCAGAUUGGAGAAAAGUCGCAAUUCUCGGAGCUAUCCUUAUACCACUCCUCACUCAAUUCGUCUACGAGCAGACACUGUUAUCAGAAAAGGCAGAUAAAGGAAAAGGAAUCAAAAAGAAAUAAACGAGAGACACAGAGAAUUGGACUCCAAUGAAAAGAGAUAUACAUAGCUUGAUGGCAUAGACCCAAAGUGGGAAACUUAUAACUUUUGGUUUGGCACACCAAGCUACAGUUUUUCUUUUACAUCAACAAAUAUCAGAUCUCGAUGAUGUUUACUCGAACCAUUCAAACCAAUUGUGUCACCCAAGUGUUUUUGAUGUAUGUAUAGUGCUAGUUCAUCAGGUGAUAUAGCUCACUUGAUUCUUA